CAUCUCCAUCGUCUUUUGUCGUGCUCUUCCUUUCACAGAUGCAAGGAUAAGCACAAGUGUUUCCUCCUCUUGGCAGUGACCGUCGUGGCUUUCUUGUGGUUUCAGAACUGAAGUUCGAGCCAGAUGGAGACAACGAGCAAGAAGAAGAAGAAGCAACUGGGGUCCAACCAAGUCUUGCCAACGGAUACCAUUGCCGAGACGGUGGCUAAUCAAUACAACGUGGGAACACCCAUCCAGUGCCAGCUGAUUCGAGCUGGCUUUAACCACAACUAUGUCGUAGAGAUGGAAAACCAGACAAAGUAUGUCUUGCGUGUGUAUCUGAAUGACAAGUAUUACAUACAGAGCCCGGAUGACUUUCGAUUCGAAUUGGAAAUGACAGACUACUUGGCCACACAACACGGUAUUCCCACUGUGAGACCCAUCCAGUCCAACACGGGGGAUUGGUUGAGCCACAUCCAAUUUGAGAAUGACAAUGGAACGACGCACACACGACACGCGGCUCUGUUCGAAUUUGCCCAGGGGAUCGAAGCGGAAGAGAUGCAAUUCACACCCGCCCACUACCACAUUUUGGGGGAGUUGCAAGCGCGGAUGCACCAAGCCUUGGAUGAAUAUCCAAAUUCCAAUCAGUACCAGCGAUACCAUCAAGAUGUAUCCACCUAUCUACUUCACAAACCAUUGGAGAUUCUGCAGCAAGAACUCUCCAAGUGCAACAGCAACAAUAAGGAGACUCAGAACAAUCAUCUAGACUUUUUCCAACCCACAGCCCAAGCCAUGCGGGAUCUAUUGACAUUGACUCUCAAGAAAGAAACACCCUACUACGGAUUGAUUCAUGGGGACUUGCAUCCGGGAAAUCUCUUUUGGGACGACACCACACAAACCUUUACCGUCAUUGAUUGGGAUCAUUCGUCGUACGGGUGGAGGAUCUACGACGCGGCGGCCAUGAUUCGCUCCGACGGGAUCCCAUUCUUUCUCACGGGAUAUCAAACCGUCCGCCCCUUUUCCACCCAAGAGAAACGAUUGAUACCACUCUUUCGCAUGCUCCGUCAGAUUUGGGAUUUUGGAGACAUCUUGGCAUUUCAACCGUUGUGGGAAGAAGAGCCGACCGAAGAAGAAACGAAGCAGCAGCUCGAAAAGUAUCUGGAACGGCUUCAUGACAUUGCCAAAAAGUUUCAAGAAAUGUACGGCAACGAGUACGAUCAAAAAGGGGCACACUAA